AAGCAUGAGCCACAUUCAUAUAUUUUCGUAUGUGGCCUCGAUGUAAUGUUCAAAAGUCCUAUUCAAACAUUCACGUCGACAUGUUUCAGCUGUUUCAUUCACAUCAAAUCAACUCCUCAAUUUACACGAAAAUACUCACAUUUUAAUUUCAUACAACGAGAAUAAGGGAACUGUUUGGUGUUCAUGAUAAGUAAUUUGUUUAAUAAACACCGCAUAUUGUUUUGUCGACAUUCAAUUAAGAAGGAGAGUUCUUGUGCUACAGUGUUUGUUCAAUUGACGACUUCAAUUUCGAUUUGAUAUUAUAAAUACGUCAUUCAAUUUAAUGCGGACGUGUUUUGGCGACACAAUAUUGAUAUUAUCUUUUCAAAUAUCGACCAGUGUGGGAUUCAUACCAUAUGUGAAUAUGUGAAUGCAAUACACAUUAAACGAAACGAAUCAAAAUCAAUUAGUGGAAAUUUUGUUGAAAUAAAUGUUCAAGCGAUUAAUAAAAAAACGGCAUACACUGUGUAUGUGUGUAUGAAAGUAUUCAGACUGACUAAAUGUAGUGCUAAUGUCUGUCGUAUGCCUGCGACUGACGACAGUUUAAAAAUAGACUUCAUUGCAGCCAUACCGUUUUUCAUGGUGCAGUUAUCGAUAUUCUUUCCUCUGUUCGAUGUCAAAAAUCAAAAAUAAAAAAGAAAACUCUCUGAACAACUAAACUAAGUGUAACUAAAAACAAAACAAAAAAAUACAUUGUGAAACUAUGAACAAUUUAGAAAUACCAACGAACAAAACACCAUUAUUGGGUGUGGAUUCAUCACAGUCGUUGAAUACAUCACCAUCGUGUUCGACAUUUUUACCCGAAGAAGAUGCAUCCACUUGCCCUCUAUUACCGAACACACCGUCACCGCCGCCGCAAAUGAACUUCAACGAUCCACUUACGCCAAAUAUUCUUAAUGAAAAUUGCUCACAACCCGGAACCGAUGAUUUUGUCAACGAUAAUCCAAGAGCAGCCGACAGGGCAGCCGAAGAAGACACAAGUUCAUGUUCCGGCAGCUCUGGAUGCAUUGAUGGGCAAGUCGUUGCUGGUACUACGACCGUUUUUAAUCCAAACGUUUAUCAACAUUUUGGCAAAAAUGACGAAGUUAUUCCAGAAAGUGAGACACAAUUACAUGCCCAUUUAAAUUUACCGGACAGCAAAGACGUGCCAUCAUUUGUUUAUUGGAACUGGAAACUCAUUCGAAAAUGUUCGUUUUUCUUUUUUGUUGCCGGUGUCGUUGCGAUUGCGGCCACCGUUGUUUCAAUGAUUUAUUUAUUGCCAAAAACAUGCAAUCCAAAAACCGUUUGGUACGAAGGAAGUGUUUUUUAUGAGAUUCAUCCGACUCGGUUCCCUGAUUCAAAUGUUGAUGGUUUUGGUGAUUUACGCGGUCUGGCUGAUCGUGUUGAUUACUUAACAAAACUCGGCGUUGUUGGUGUUCGUUUGAAUUCAAUUUUUCCAAUGAAAAAUUCACCAAAUCAUUUUCAAAACAUAACCUCGCUAUUUGAAAUCGAUGAUGUACUUGGCAAUCAUACCGACAUGAUAAAUUUGAUUCGAAUAUUUCACAAGAAUAAUCUUUCGCUUGUUCUUGAUUUGCCAAUUUAUCCGUUUAUGACAAAGCUUGAUCCCGUCACAACCACAAUUGAAGAGAGCACAAAACAUCCGAUGAUCAUCGAACAAGGUGCAUUGCGUGUUUCAAGAGCACCGCUUGAAACAAACAAGCUUAUUUGUGCGCUUAAAAUGUGGAUAGAAUGUGGUGUCGAUGGUUUUUACAUAAAGGGCUUGGAAAACAUGUAUGAGGAUCCAUUGCUUUUGCCAAACAUUCGUGCAUGGAAAGCGGUCAUUGGUGACAAUCGAAUUUUAAUGGUAAACAAUCAAUUACUUGAGAAUGUGAAACAACCACUAGCUGAAGAAAUUGUACGACAUGUCGAUUUGGUUGAUAUUUUCAUCGAUGUUACGAAUAGUACGCAGCAAAUUGCAAAACAAAUCAAUCAACAUUUGAAUGGAGUUUUAAAACCAGGUAAUGAUGCGGCUUUCAUUCAAUGGUCGAUUGGCGGUGUUUCAGAGCAUGAAACACAAAAAUCAUACGAACUAACAACAAACGGAACUUUGGCUGCUACACUCAUGUCCUUAAUGUUACCUGGUACUCCGAACGUUUAUCAUGGCGAUGGAAACAAUGAAGGAAAAUCUCAGCAACAGUUCAGCAAAGCAAUAGAUUCACAACAAUGGCAUUCGUCACCCCAAACUAAUACUGAAAACGGUUUAAACAAUUCAAGUCGAAUUAAUCCUGACGAUCUUGACACAAUUACCAGAAUGAUUACUCUGCGCGACAUUUCACCAUCCAUUCACUUAAAUAAAUAUAAGAAGAAAGAUAAAUACGAAUCAAAUACAUCGGCAAUGUAUCAUGAAAAUGGGAAUAUAUUAAUUUUAGUGAGGUGGUAUCCACGACGAAACACAUUUGCAUCAAUAUCUAAUUUUGGCAUUACAAAUAUUACCAUGGAUCUAACAAAUUUCUUUUACAGCGGUCAAAUAAUGAUCGGUGGUGAAGCACACGAAAAAAUCUAUUUCGAUCGAUUCGAAAUUGGGCCCAGCAAAACGAUUGUUAUUAAAAUUGAUAAGUAAUUCGGUGUGAUAGCGAUUUAAAUAAUAAAAUAACGGUAUAGUUUGCGAAUAAUACGGUUCAAGCUAGAUUGAACAAUGCCAAGAGAGAAUAAUGUUUCGUAGUUUUUAACACAUCAUUCACAGAAUUUAUUUGCAUAUUUUACAAAUGGUAAAAAAUUUGAUAUUUUAGUCGAUUUAUUUCAAUAUGACUAAGAUGUUACCGUUACACUAAAUGUAGACAUUUCUAAAAUAAAAUUUAUUUAGCAUUGAAUGCCAAAUUAAUUAUGAUGUGAAUUUUAA